UCAUGAUCCAUCAUUUAUUCAGUGCUAACCCUGGCUAGCCUUAGAAGUUCUCAGUGCGCGACAUGGCCCACCUGUUGUCAACGGCCACAAUCACAGCGACGGGCCUCCUUUGUAAAGCAUUUCUCAACUCAGGGCUUUGCUCCAUCACCGUUAGCAAUCUCCCUAUACUAUUGAAUGCUAUACGGAACGAUGAACGGCGGCGACAUGGGCAGGGAGUGGUAACAGUUGCAAACCAUAUUUCCACACUAGAUGAUCCACUCGUAUGGGGAACACUCCCAAUGGAACUCUUUUUGAACUCGAACACAACACGAUGGUCGCUUGGUGCAUCAGAAAUCAUGUUCACUAACCCUCUCUUCUCCGCUUUCUUUCGUAAGGGUCAAGUGAUAGAAACAUUUCGCGGAAAUGGAAUCUUCCAACCUUCUGUAGAUAUCGCCAUUAAACGGCUUAAUGAAGGGCAUUGGGUGCAUCUUUUUGGAGAGGGAAAAGUCAAUCAACCACUCGACUAUCCGCGGACAAACGGAGCCGCUCGCUUGCCGCGGUUUAAGUGGGGAGUGGGACGAAUCCUGAUGGAAACUGCAGUUCCCCCUCUCAUCAUCCCGAUGUGGCUCACUGGUUUUGACAAAUUGAUGCCUGAGCACCGCUCGUUUCCUUACAAAUACUUCCCAAAAUUAGGUAUAAAACUUGGUGUGGCGUUUGGCGAUCCAAUACCGGUCAAGGAAAUAAUGGCUGCGUUGAGUGCGUUGUCGCGCUCGCAUGUGCCCCUUGUCGCGGAAGAUGGUGUUGCGUCGAAGCUUGGUGAAGAGUUUCAUUCAGGUGGCUGGGUUGGUCGCACAGUCAUGCAGGCUGGAGAGCGGUUUGCGCCUGGACGCGAUGUGAUGAAACGUAAACGCCAGUCUGAGAUGGACGCGGUGCGGAGCGAUGUGACUGCGAUCGUUCAACGAGCGGUGGAAGCUUUGGGUACGCAAGUAUCUGAUAACCAUCUCAACAAGUCUCAUUCAUAAUUAAUUAAUUCCUGGGCGCU